AUGGCUCCCCCAAAGAAGAACCGAGCCAACCAAGCGAACAGCCAAGCCACUCCGAGUACGAGCAAGGAAAACUCCGGAUGGGCUCUCAAAAAGCUGGACGGGGAGAUGUUCACCCGGGAAGACAUACAAUAUGACCUGAUGAGUAACAUCUUUAACGAUCGCACUUUCCAGUUCACUAGUCCCCUCGAUCAACGCGCCAUAUCCUUCAAAGAGCUCUAUGUCGAAACCCUAUCGAGAUUCAGUAAGGCUGCAAAGAGUACAGUGAGGCAGUUAGAUGACAACCCGCAAUGGGCAACGAACUUUUGCAUCGCUUCAUUCCUCAUCAACAUUGGCCGGAUCAAUACUACCGUGGCGUUCUAUCCAGAGCUAAGAGCCUACAUGAGGACUUACCACCCCAUCCCAUGUCUCCAGAAGGAUGAAUACUGCCAAACAAAUUUACAAGACGCCCCACGGAUUAAGACCAUGCUCAAAUCGUGCCAACUGCCUUCCGAGUUCAACAACGAACCCGAAUCAUUACCAGAUAUUGCCAAGAGAAGCGCUCUUGGGUAUAGACCUCCAACAACUGUCGUCAAUCUCAUAUUUGAAUUAUUCGGCGUUGAGCCUUAUGUUAGUAUGAAGUAUUUUCCCGAGGGCUUCGUCCUGCACGACCUCUUCUCGCCGAACACGAUCCCGACGAAAUUAAGAGCAUAUGCAUUCCUUUGGUUAAUGCACCAUUUUCUGGAAGACCCCUCGGUAAUAACGGAUUUCCAACACGAGUCGAAGAUCGAAGCGUUCCAGAUCGCCCGGCUCGAGGAUAUCCAGCCCGACUCGUCCCUUGGCGAUAGCCCUGAAAACGUCGACACCGAAGAAGAGAUCAAGUGGGGGAAAGAUAUGCAAAACUAUCGACGGGAGUUCUUGAAGAAGUGGAGGGGCGAGGAAGGAAUCGGAUUCGUUGACGACUUGGGCACUGGCUCUAUCGCCCCGUUGAUCGAAGAUUCGCAACUGACGAAGAAGCAGAAGAUCAUGGUCCAAAACUAUGCGCAAACAUCAGCAAUAGAAGGUGAUGACAGACAGACCAGCCAAGCGCAACUAGUCAAGGGCUCAACUCCCGGCUCCUCGAUCCCUCCAUCAGCACUGAUGGGCUCGGGUAAGUCCGAGAAUCGCAAAGGAACAGCCAAAGAAUCUGGAGGGAAGCAUAAGACGGUCUGGAAGACCCGAAUGUCUCAUACAGAAAGAUUGCAAACUGCUUGCGAUGCGCAGCUCAAGUAUGGCAAUGAUGAUCAUUUCGACGGUCCGGAGGACUCGCUUACUCAAACGCAAAUCGCCUGGCGAAGGUAUCAGACUGAUGUCGCAGAGGACUUCGAUGUAGCUUAUGAUUCCGAUGACCUCAUUCGACAGCCUAAUCCGACUUGGAAACCUAAAGAACUCAAACAACGUUUGCUGUGCUUUGCGUUUCCAACGCCGGCGCCUACUCCCUGCCCUAUGGACUAUGAACCGAUAGACAAGGUGAUCUGGUACAUUGGUCGGAAGCCCCGCGACAUGAUUUGCGCAGAAGACGUCCCCUCAAAGGCCGACGGUAACAGCAAUAAAGUCGGUCGGAAAGGCCCGAGUUUGGCGGCAGGUGAAGGAGGAGGAGCGCACGAAGCCGGCCCAUCGGCCUCGGGCGUGCCCCCGAACCAGGCCUCGACUGCUGCUCCCAAGCUGAAGCGCAAGCGGAAGGCCAACCAGCCGCCCCCGAAUCCCGCCGCUGCUCAAGCUCCCCACCCCUCGCUCCAACUCCCCUCUGCGGUCGCUGGCCCCCCGAAGACUGACCCUGACCAGCCUCCUCAGCUCCACCCGCAAGGAUCAGAGGUCCCUAUCCACAUGCUUUCAAGGCCUCCCGCUUGA